UGUCCGGUGGGUGCCGGGCUGCGGUUGGGCCCCACGGCGCCCGGCGGGGUGUUGAGGAAGCAGAGGUUUGCACAAGCCGGUGGGGUGCACGUGACCCGGGGAGCGAGGCGGGAGGAACCGGCAGCGCCCCGCGCAGCGCCUCGGGUCCCCGUGCUGCACGGCUGGCCAUGGCCCCCUGGCUGCCCACCAAGGAGAAAUAUGGCGUGGCCGUGUGGAACUUCCCCAGUGCCAACGAGCAUCACCUCCCACUGGAGAUUGGGGAGACGGUGCACAUCCUGCAGGCGUCCGAGGGCUGGUACCGCGGGUACUCGCUCAGGAACAGGGCUGCUCGGGGCAUCUUCCCGGCCUCACUGAUCCGCCUGAAGGGCGCGGUGGUGGAGCGCAGGGGGGCGGAGGAGAGCGUGGUGCCCGCCGAGAUGCCCAUGGUGCAGGAGGUCACCACCACGCUGCGGGAGUGGGCCGCCAUCUGGAAGCAGCUCUAUGUGACGGGGCAGGUGGAGCGGUACUGCAGGGUGAAGCAGAUGAUGUACGAGCUGAUGGAGCAGCGCUCGCAGCUGCUCUCGGGUACGCUGCCCAAGGACGAGCUUCUGCAGCUCAAGAAGGAGGUGACCAGCAAGAUCGACUAUGGCAACAAGAUCCUGGCGCUGGACCUGGUGGUGCGGGACGAGGAUGAGAACAUCCUGGACCCCGACAGGACCAGCAUCAUCAGCCUGUUCCAGGCACACAGAAGGGCAGCACAGACCGUCACGCAGCGCAUCCAGGAGGAGACGAGCUCGCAGCAGAGCCACCCGGGCUGCAGCGCACGCCUGGCGGCUUCGCCCUCGCACAGCCUCUACCUCUGCGUGCGCAACUUCGUCUGCAAUAUCGGCGAGGAGGCGCAGCUUUUCAUGGCUCUGUACGACCCGGGAGAGCAGCGCAUGAUCAGCGAGAGCUACGUGAUCCACUGGGCCAGUACGGGCGUCCCGCGGGACAUCGAGCUGCUCAACAACCUCCGGGCCAUUUUCACGGACCUGGGCAGCAAGGACCUGAAGCGGGAGAGGCUUUUCCUGGUGUGUCAGAUCAUCCGGGUGGGCCGCAUGGACCUGCGUGAGACCCUCAGCCGCAAGCUCAGCACCGGGCUGCGGCGGCCCUUCGGCAUCUCGGUGAUGGACAUCACCGACAUCACCAAGGGGAAGUGCGAGAGUGACGAGGACAAACAGCACUUCAUCCCUGUGCACCUGGCGGCCGCCGAAAACGACUUCCUUCACAGCAUGAUCAGGAAAGCAGUGGAGGGGAAGGACAUCAACCACAAAGGACAAGGGUUCUGGUUGUCCCUGAAGAUGCUGUGGGGAGACCUGAACCAGGUGCGCAAGGACCACCCGCACCUCGUGGACCGCAGCACGGUGGUGGCACGCAAGCUGGGCUUCCCGGAGGUCAUCAUGCCAGGGGACGUCCGGAACGACAUCUACCUGACGUUGGUGCAGGGAGAGUUCGACAAGGGGAGCAAGAAGACGCAGAAGAACGUGGAGGUGACGGUGUGCGUCUGCGACGAGUCGGGCAGCGUGGUGCAGAAUGUGAUUUACCACGGGGCGGGGGACAAGCCGGCCAGCGAGUACCGCUCUGUGGUGUACUACCAGCAGCGGCACCAGCGCUGGAUGGAGACGGUGAAGAUUGCAGUUCCCAUCGAGGACGUCCACAAGACCCACCUGCGGUUCACCUUCAGGCACCGCUCCUCCAGUGACACUAAAGACAAAAGCGAGAAGAUUUUCUCCAUGGCCUUUGUGAAGCUGAUGCGCCCUGAUGGCACCACGCUACGUGACGGGGAGCACGACCUCAUCCUGUACAAGGGGGACAGCAGGAAGCUGGAGGACGCGGGCUCGUACCUGGGGCUGCCCUCCACCAGGGGCCCCUCGGAGCCCUGGAUCCUCUCUGGGUCCUCGUUCCGCGUGGCUGGGAGCGUGGCAGGCCUGGCCGUGUCAGCCCGGGACAGCUUCCAGAUCUCAACGCUCGUCUGCUCCACAAAGCUGACCCAGAACGUGAACUUGCUGGGGCUGCUGAAGUGGCGGGCCAAGCCCAGCCUGCUGGCGGGGAACCUGCAGAAGCUGAUGCAUGUGGAUGGAGGGGAGGUCAUCAAGUUCCUCCAGGACACGUUGGAUGCUUUGUUCUCCAUCAUGAUGGAGAAUGCGGACACUGACGUCUACGACACGCUCAUCUUUGAUGCCCUGGUGUUCAUCGUGGGGCUGGUCGCCGACAGGAAGUUCCAGCACUUCAAUGCCGUCCUGGAGGCGUACAUCCGCCGGCACUUCAGUGCCACGCUCGCCUACAAGAAGCUGAUCGGGGUGCUGACCCAGUACGUGGAGCAGGCGAGCCGCGGGGAGCCCUGCGAGCCCCUCCUGCGCACCUUCAAGGCCCUGGAGUACAUCUUCAAGUUCAUCGUCCGCUCCCGGCACCUCUUUGCCCAGCUCUACGAGGGGAAGGAGACGGCCGAGUUCCAGCGCUCGCUGCAGCGACUCUUCCAGACCCUGAACCAGCUGAUGAAAUCCCCUCUGGAGGGGCCCACGCUGCUCUCUCAGGGAGCAGCCCUCAAGUAUCUGCCUUCCAUCCUGGAGGACGUCUUUGGGAUCUUUGAUGCCUCUAUGUUGGGGCUCCUGCUGCGCGACUUCAUCGGCAACCUGCAGCCCCAGCGCCUGCUGAGGCAGAAGCUGCAGUCCCUGACCGACAUCGUCAACAGCAAAAUCUUCCAGUCCUACGAGUGCCGGGAUCUGCUGCUGCGCAUGGCCGUGCCCGUCCUGCAGGACCUGAUAGAGAGGGGUGAGGAGGAGGACGCCUGCGUUGAGCUGCUCAGCACCAUCCUGGAGGUGCUGUACGCGGCCCAGAAGAGAGCAGAGGAGGAGCGGCGCAGGGAGCGCGGCGACUCGGAGCUGGUGAAGGUGAAGAGGCACGUCCAGCUGAUCCUGGAGCGGCUGCUGCACACCGUGAACCGGAGGGUGAUCGUCCUGGAGAGGGACAACAGCCUCAGGAGUCACUACGUGGCGUGCAUGGCCGCCAUCCUGAGCCAGAUGGACGCAGACCAUUACCACUCCUACAUCCAGGCCUUCCCCUCCCGGCCCGAGCUGAUGGACUUCCUCAUGGAGACUUUCAUCCUCUUCAAGGACCUCAUUGGCAAGACGGUGUACCCCCCCGACUGGAUGGUGAUGAACAUGGUGCAGAACCGGGAGUUCCUGCGUGCCAUCAACCAGUUUGCCACCACCCUGACAGAGAUGUUCCUGAGCAGCAGCAGCUUCGAACUGCAGCUUUGGAACAACUAUUUCCACCUGGCCGUGGCUUUCCUCACCCAGGACUCCCUGCAGCUGGAGAACUUCUCGCAGGCCAAGCGCACCGCCAUCCUGGCCAAGUAUGGGGACAUGAGAGCCAAGAUUGGAGCAGCCAUCCGGGACAUGUGGUACAACCUAGGUGAGCUGUGGUGUUACCAGCAAGGAGGAGGGUUGGAGAGUGCCUGCAGCCUGGUGUCCAUCAGCAUCGGCCCCAGAACGGGUGCUGGGGACUGAGAGAUUACUGGUGUGGGGCAUGGGAGUCUGUGGUGUGUGCACCCUGUGAGUGUGCACCAUGUGA